AUGUCGUCUCGGGAUAUUGUGAGGGGCUACUGGACAGACUAUGGCCAGUCGCCGUUCCUCCGUGCUCGGUUGACGCUUACAACGAAUGAGACCAAUCUUCUUCUUAUCGCUCUUGCAGUCUUGACGGCCUUGACUGGAGAGUAUCUGUGGCAGAUUCUAUGCCAGCUGCUAUUCCUGCGACGUGCGACGUACGAGCCAAGAGACGGACUAUUUCACCAAACACAGCUGUCGUUGCGGAAUGAUGACAGCCCUGGCGAGUUCUCGUGGAACAUGUUCCGAUUAGGUAUGGCCUGGGGCAAAAGGCGCGGCGCCUUUCGAUGGCGUGCCUGGCGAUGGACGAGCUUUGGGCUCCUUAUGCUCAUAUUCAACAACGCCAGCAGCUUUUGGCUUCCUGUGCUCUCAAGCGAAGGACAAGUACUGCUCAAGACGCGACCGAACUCUGUCAACCAGAGUCUUGGACAUUUCCCCGACGAUGAGACUAGAGAGACCGUCUGGAAAAAAAUCGCACGCGAGGAACUUUCGGCCCAGCAGGCCGAAUGGCGAGCAUUUUCAUCUUAUGCGGCCAGCUGUUACCCAGAUCCAAACCACGACGACAUUUCUCACAGUUUCGGCUCGGGCAUGUGCGGUCUCUACGUUCGGCGGUACAUCAACACGACUGUUUCGUUUCCUGGAAGCUGCCCAUUUGCUCAGGACUUGUGUGCAGUCCCAUUGGACCAGGUUAUCCGGAUCGAUUCUGGCAGGAUCAAUUCGCACGACCACCUGGGCAUCAACUCAGCGCCGCAUGCUCGUUUGGAAAUCCAGACCUCGGUCACAUGCUCACCGCUACAGACGGAUGGCUACAUGACUUCCGACUACGUCAAUCACAACGGCGUCAACGACACUUUGCUGUUCUAUUAUGGCGACAAUUGGUACGCGUAUCCCGCAGGCUCGGGCUCGAUUGAGGAGGUUUACGACUACAGCCGCGAUUUUGGUUCUAACAUCACCUAUUACUAUACCAAAGCACAAGACAUUGGCAAGGAGCGACCGAUCCUAUUGUUCACUGCAUCAGAAGACGUACUCCAGGGUCGCUUCCCUCAUCCACCAAUCUUCAACAUGUCCUCGGCCUUGCGAACAUCGGAUGCUCCGGUAACGCUCUUUUUCCUCACCAAUCGACUGGACCUGAAUGCCCCAGUGAGCGAUCCCUGGCUCAACAACACGCGAGUCGUCCCAGGCUCCGAUGGCAAUAAUUAUUAUGGCGCGUACAGACCCGUCUCGCCACUUGGCUGCGCCCAGACGCACGCCUUCUGCAAUCCCAACACCAACCAAUGCAUAGACCAAAACAUCGUCGUUCCCGAAUGGUUCUCCGGCCGCAGUAAUGAUGCGUUGUGGGAUAAGCUCGGCCUCAAUGCGGAACAGCGACUGCUUGCCAAAAGUAUGGAAUACAUCCACAGGGCCGUCACGUUCGGCGAGUCGAACCAGAACUCGCUUGGCACUGAUGAACUCCUGCUUUCACGCAUGAUGGGUGAUGGUAACCUCAAUGACAUCGAUAUACCAAACAACCACUGGCAACGAGAAGUUCAAAACUUCAUGAAUUUGGCCUUGAGCAGGGCCCAGGGCGACAGCCUUGCCAUGUAUCAGAAGCCAGCUCCGACAGCGGUUCGAUGGGGCAUGAUCGAUCCCUGGAGUGCGGACCCAAUGCGCGAAUAUAUGCACUCCCGCAUCAAGGUCCGGAGCCAUCGGCAUCAGUCCUUCAGCGUAGCAGCGCUGGCGCUUGUUAUUGCCAUCCAAGGGGCGGUCAUCUUUGCAGGCCUCCUGAUGCAAUUCUUAUGGCCGUGGCUGCGACUGAGAAAGCCAGACGAUUCGCCCACUUCCGAUCGCGGCUACAAGAUGUGGCAGCUUAUGGGAGCCGUGCAACUUCAUCGAUGUCUGCAUCAAUUGCUGGGCCGCGGUCGAUGGCGAGGUGCAUGGCAUCAGAUUCCCACGACCGACCCGGGAAGCUCGUUCUCCGAGUACGGCAAACUCCCGUGGCAGCCGUAUGUGACCUUGGAACAAGAGCAGGCUCUGUCAAGGCAAGCCGAAGGCGAUGCAUAUCGGCAUGGUGGUGUCACGACGACCGAAGUCAAGGGAAGUCUUGAUGGCAAGUGCGAGGACUCGGGUGCCAACAGUUCAGUCGACACACUUAAACACGCAUGA